GUGCGCGCGAGCCCGGUUGCCUAGGCAACACAACGCUUUCACUGUAACAGAAGAGGCAGUGGAUUUUUUUUUAACUCGGGCUUUUCAAACGGUGUGUAAAAAUCUACUGGGAGUUUGGAAAGUUUUAUUACAUCCUUAAUAAGUGUGAGAGACGAGGAUUCUAAAGAUGGAAUCUGGUACCUCGAAAACCUCAGUGGAUCAGUUGAGCAGCAACAGUUAUGAUGACAGGCAGUCUUCUGAUAAACAAGAAACUUAUGAUGGGAAUAAUGAUGUUGAUGACAAUGCUGUCCAUAACUCUGAAAGCAAAGAGACAGAGCCUGAGCCAGCUGGGCCAUGCCCCCAAAUAACUGACAGCUACUUAGAGUGCAACGCUGAUUCCAGCUACACAGUCACCUGCACGGUUAGCAUGGUGCUGGCUGUGCCCAGAGGUUAUGAAGAUGACCCAGUUUUGGCUGUAGAGAAUGAGAGGCAACUCAGAACAGCCCAGUCUAAAUCUAUUAUAGAGGCGCCCAAAGCUCAGGCCUAUUACCACGUAGAGUACAAGCUCCUGCCUGACGAUAGUGAGCCAAUCAAAGUUGACCUGGUGAUGUUCGGUUUGGUGGCAAAGGUGUAUAUGGAUAAUGAGACAAAGGUGCUGAAGCCAUGGCAGCAGGGUGAUCUCCUUUGGCUUGGCUGGUCUCAAUCUGUGAAGCUCAAAGUGACCAGAGAGCUGCUUAUAAAGAUGUCAUCACAUAAAGUAACGUUCAGGGUAUGGGACACCAAGGACAGGGUGUCUCCUAAAGCAAAAUAUGACAGACCCAAAGCCUUCAGAUUGUUACAGGGAAGGAGGGUGGAGGAUCCAGAGCAAAGAGGGACUAUCCAGGACUGUGAACUGGAAAGUGCAGGUGGCAUAAAGGGUAUGGUGUAUAAAUUGCAAGCUCUUUAUGAGAAGCAGAACCCAGCAACUUCCAAAAAAUGGCAAAAAUAUGCCAUAUCAACAGACUACCAACAAACUUCAAAGCUCAAGUGUGACACAGAUGAUCCCAGUAUCCCCACAAUGGUGGCAACUGAGAAACCUCUGUUGUCUGCAGUUCUGAAUACUGGUGGAUCGCUGGAACAAAGAGCUACAUUUUCCAACCGAAGUUAUGGGGGAAAGCAGAAACCUCAAACUGCUGAUCCAAAAAUCAUCACAUCUGAAGCCACUGCGGAUCAAGAAAAGGACACGGCAUUGUCAACAUUAGCAAAGAAACCCUCAUUAGAUCCCUGUACGAAAGGCCCAGAGGAUACUACAACAAUCUGUUCAACUUCUAUGAAGAGUGGCACACUGAAGGACAACAGCUUGUUGGUGUCCAAGAAGAAACAUGCUUAUAAAACUGAUCAGGAGAGAACAGCAGAGGAGGACAUGAGCAAAAAUGAAGUGGCUUUGGCUGAGCUCAGGACGGUGCAUUUUCUUGCAGGAGAGACGUCACUGACAGACUGUUUGAUGAUCUGCUGCAGAAAAGUGUUUAAAGUCCUGUGCAGCAUCACUCUGGAUCAGCCACUUAUGUCUGAAGAACUCAAGGCUGAGUUGAACCCAUUGAUCAUCACAAUCUCAUCAGCAUCUUCUCUGCCCUCUACUCCUGUUCCAUUCUAUGACCUUGAGCAAAAAUGCAUGCCUGUAUACUGCCAGUACAAGUUUCACAACAUGCCUGCCUACAGAACCAAAGGGCUGAGUCACGGAUCAAACAUAUAUUUCAAGGACGUGAACGUGAUCCUCACUGGCCUCCUCAGCACUGAAGAGCUGCAUGAGUUCUUAAGGGGUCCACCAUUAGAGAUUGAGAUUCAUGACCGUGAUAGGAAAGUCAAAGAACCUUCUUCAAGUCCAGCAAUUUUUGGCACAGAGGCCACUGAUGACAAAUUAGCCAGCACAGCUCUAGUCCAUACCAAACAGACCAUCUACUGCCCAUUUGAGGAAAAGAGGAAACCAUGUGACCCGUUUGGUAUUGCCAAGCUAAACCUUUCUGAUCUUCUGAGAGGACACAGGUGUCUGAAACUCAGCCUACCAAUAAGAAGUUACCAUCCAGUGCAAUGGCUAGGCACUGACAAACAAGAUUGGGGGGAUAAUGAGCCUGAGACAACAGAUGCCCAGGACCAAGCUAUGCCAAAUGGUCAUUAUCUCCAAGCGAAAGCAGAGCUCAAGGUGCAGGUUGAAAUAGCACACCCGUUCAAUCCUGACCCUGACAAAAGUGAAGGACAUUGUCCAUUAGGCCGUAUCAUAUACAUUUUCAAAUACAACAAUAUUACUUUUCUGGAACGACUGAGGUCUGAAAUUUUGAAAGUCAAUGCAGUAGCAUUUCAACUACAUGGCUAUAAUGAAGACGUGGCUCAAAGAAUCUUACAAGGUCAUAUAAUGGAUGCCACAGAAAGAGAAAACAAAUAUUUGAAUGCUUUAACAGGGUUUCACUUCAUGGAUAAGUCAAUACACCUUUUUGUUCUGGAGGGACUGAAAGAUGAAGCCAUCAAAAAGCUCUGGGAAACCGUUCCUAUAAAGUUGAUGGAGGAUGUAGAGAAGCAGGUCACAGUUCUUUAUAACUCAGGUCUGAGCUUCUCAAAAAGGCUCUAUGACACUCUGGAUGUUGGGUUGAGACCAUUUCAUCUCUACAAUCCACUAGAGAUCAUCAUGAGACAGCCAUUGUUGUACAUCAGAGACACAGUCCCCUAUACCUGCUUACAAGCCAUGUUACGAAUAAGUCAUCUUUGCCAAGUGAGCAAACUUGAAGAAGUGAUCCAAUACAACCUGUUUCCAUCAGCUGAAAUGGUUCAGAACUUGGGGAAAGAGUUUGGAAUUAUUCCUAGCAGAGGAGUGGAGCAAUUAAUGGCAGACAGCAGCAAGGCAAAGGAUAUUUUGCAUCCUCGUGCGUCACAGAAGAGGACAUACACACCCCUCGACAUCUUCAAUAAAGACUAUGUGGCAUGGAAACAGAGUCAGGCAAAUCAAGGGCUUUGCACCAAAGACUUUAUACAGGCCAACAUUGAGGACAUCCGAAUAGCAAGAAGUGCUUUACAGACACUAAAGCCAAAGGUUUUUGUAGCUAAAGUGGACGAUGGCCAAUCAGCCUACAACUACAGUAUUCAGACAAUGAACAGUACCAGCCUGGCUAAAGGGCUACUUUAUAAAGAGAUGGCAAAGGAGCCAGCUCGCAGGUUCACCUACAGCCAGGAUUACCACUCCUUCACUUUAGACCCUGUGGAUGUAGAGGGUGAGCGUAAGGCUUCAGAGGCCAGGUCUCGAGCUGCAUGGCUUACCUACAGUGGCUUCAUCCUUCAAGAUUUUAAGGACAGCACAGAGUCCAACAAACACCCCAAAAACCCAGACGAAGCUCGGGUAGAGGAGCUUAGAAAGCCCUGGAGAGAGAACAUUCUUCAUGAAAACAUACUUAAGCCAGUCCUGAACAGGAACAGAUGGCCUUGGAGCAAACGGCACAAGGACUUUGAGCUUUACAGGAGACCACCUGCUGUUUUUAGUCCAGAAACUCCAAUUACUAUUCACCUCGCAGGGGAAGCUCUGCAUCAGGAACAGCUUCAGGCUGCACAUGCUCAGUAUGUCAAAUGGUUGAGCAAAAUCUUGCCUGAUAAGGAGUCUUCAAGUUGUGGUCGAGUCUCAGAGUUCAAGUGCUAUAUGAGAAGAGCAGGCCUGGAUAAACUGCAUGAUAUACUGAAGGACAAGCCUAUGAAAUUAUCUCUGAGAGCAUGGAAUAAAUCACUGCCCAUUCCAUAUACUGACACAAUGAAGGAAGACAAACCGGAGUGCCUCCAUUCGUCAGACACACGGACAAAUCGAAGACUUACUAGUGAACACAGCAAAUGCCAGUUUGGGCAUUACUGGAUGUCACACUCCUUUCAACACAAGCGAAAUGCCCAGCCUCUUACAGAAGAAGAAAAAAGUUUGCAUGUCUUUGAUGCACCUCAGAACACCACAAACAUGUACACAGAUUUGAGUAACACCCAGCACAAGAGAAAUGUCAUAGAAAUGAAGACCUGUAACAGUGUUGCUGUUUUUAUUAAGUAAAAAGGCUGGUGUAGCUCCAA